AUGAAAAAAGAGGGUGAUAAAUCAUAUACAGGUAUAAUUACAUCAAAAUGGAGUAUGUUUCUAAAUUCAGUAUUCCAGUAUUUACAACGAGAUUUUGGUAAAAAGAGAGGGGUUGUAGCUGAAAUUCGUAAAGAAAUAUUUCCAGAAAGGUUGGCAGAGGCAACAAGUGAUACUGAACUUCAUGAUCAAGCUCCUAUUAUUCUGGCUACAACUCCUAAG